AUUGUGCCCCAAAGUCUUGCAUUCAAGCUCCACCGAACAAGACUCUUUGAGAGACGACGGAGAAGAAGAGAUAAGCACAGAACACCAACGCCAUGGAAUGCUUGAAAUCCAUCUCCACUUGCUCUUCAAUUUCUAGGGUUCAUCGCUGGCCACGAGAGCUCCAAAUCCCAAAUUGGUGUUUAUAAUAAGAGGAGCAAAAGACGGGUCAACUCAACUCCUCCUCCUCCUCCUCCUUGAUUUCUUUAUUUCUCGCUCUUCUUCUAUUUAUUGGACUUUGUUUUGAGGGUUUGAGAAAGGGGAUCUGAGAUCAUGGCUGGAGGUGGGAUUGGUCCGGUUGGGGUGGCGAAGGAGAGGGCGCAACAGUACAAGGGCCGUGUGACGCUGUUCGUCGUCAUGGCUUGCGUCACGGCGGCCAUCGGUGGCUCGAUCUUUGGCUAUGAUAUCGGCAUAUCAGGAGGAGUGACAUCCAUGGAUCCUUUUCUAGAGAAAUUCUUCCCAGUUGUAUACAGGAAGAAGAAUCUCGGGUCUAAAAACAACUACUGCAAGUAUGACAACCAAGGCCUCUCUGCGUUCACGUCCUCCCUAUACCUUGCCGGCCUUGUGGCAUCCCUCUUUGCCUCCCCAGUCACCAGAAAAUACGGCCGCCGUGUCAGCAUCAUCUGUGGUGGCAUAAGCUUCCUUGUAGGAGCCACCCUCAAUGCUGCGGCACAGAACUUGGCAAUGCUGCUUCUAGGCCGCAUAAUGCUCGGUGUCGGCAUUGGCUUUGGAAACCAGGCUGUGCCACUGUAUUUAUCAGAAAUGGCUCCUGCACAUCUCCGAGGAGCUCUCAACAUGAUGUUUCAGCUUGCAACUACUCUGGGUAUAUUCACAGCGAACAUGAUAAACUAUGGUACUGAAAAAAUCAACCCAUGGGGAUGGAGGCUGUCUCUCGGCCUCGCUGCUGUUCCCGCAUUUUUAAUGACUGUCGGAGGCUUCUUUCUCCCUGAGACACCGAAUAGCCUUAUUGAAAGAGGGUUGGAGGAGAAAGGAAGGCGAGUUUUGGAGAAAAUCAGAGGUACUCAUGAUGUCGAUGCAGAGUUUCAGGACAUGGUAGAGGCAAGUGAACUAGCAAACUCCAUCAAACACCCUUUCAGGAACAUCAUGGAGAGAAGGAACAGGCCACAGUUGGUAAUGGCCAUCUUCAUGCCUACAUUCCAGAUCCUCACAGGCAUCAAUUCCAUACUGUUCUAUGCUCCAGUGCUUUUUCAAAGCAUGGGAUUCGGCAACAAUGCUUCAUUAUACUCAUCGGUUAUGACUGGAGCUGUGCUUGCCUCGUCCACUUUAGUUUCUAUUGCAACUGUCGAUCGCUGGGGCCGCAGAGUUCUGCUGAUCGGCGGGGGAAUUCAGAUGAUCAUUUGUCAGGUAAUAGUGGCCAUCAUUCUAGGCGUGAAGUUCGGCAACGACAAACAACUCUCGAAAGAGUUUUCUAUCAUCGUCGUAGUAAUCAUCUGUCUCUUUGUAGCGGCAUUUGGAUGGUCAUGGGGGCCAUUGGGGUGGACAGUACCGAGUGAGAUAUUUCCUCUAGAAACCCGGUCUGCAGGGCAAAGUAUUACAGUAUCUGUGAACCUAUUCUUCACCUUUGCUAUUGCGCAGUCCUUCUUAUCACUUCUCUGCUCAUUUAAGUUUGGCAUUUUUCUUUUCUUCGCCGGAUGGAUCACCAUCAUGACAGUGUUUGUUAUCGUCUUCCUCCCGGAGACAAAAGGCGUGCCGAUAGAGGAGAUGAUACUUCUGUGGAGGAAGCAUUGGUUUUGGAAGAAGGUGAUGCCUCCUUUACAAGUUGAUAAUGAAAAGUAGAGGAACUGGAGUUCGAAUGGCUGAUGUGAGGCAGCUUUGAAAGAGCAAUAAUAAGUCUCAUGAGUUGUAUUUAUGUGUAUUUUAUAUAAAAUUAGUCAACACCCUAGUUGGAUUAACACGGUUAUUGAGUAAUAAUUAAAAAACAAACUCUAAUGUUUAUUACUUAAUUUGCAGCAAAAUGAGAACAUACGUUUUGCC